AUGAAGAGAGUAAUGGAGACUGUCAUCCCUAAAGGUAGUCCCGUCCAAAAACCUUCUCCAGUGGUGCCUAGCGAUUUUUCGUCAACAAUUGGACGUCGCAUGCCGCGUGAAGAAACCCCAGAAAAAAGCGAUCCUGUCGAACAGGCAAAGUUGGGGAGAGUUCGUGAUGAACAGGAAAAGAUUGCAAAGAUUCAGAGCGAACUGGCAAGAAUGAGGCGUGAGGAUAAAGAAGGUUACGAACUGCUUUUAAAUGUGGUGAAAGCUAUGCAGGAUCCAGCCGGUGAAUCGAGAGGAUCUUCUCUUUUAGCCGACGCAUCACCAGCUAUAAGAAGCUUGUCGACGAAUCAGUUGAUAAUGAGAGCUCUGUUCGAAGAGCCCGUCCGUGCGCCGAAAAGGGAUGGAAAUCUUGAACUUUCUCAAGGCAGUGGUUCCAAGGAUAGUUUACUUAAAGGUGGUGAACCUGUGGCGCCUUCCAAAUCAUCAGAAAGCGCAAAAAUCCCAGAAAAGGGAACCCUCCCCUCUUCCUCUCUCCCAUCUCCUGUUCCACCAUCUUCUACCCAGCCACGUUGGGAAUCCUGGAGAAAUGUUAGUAGUCGUGAAUCUAGUAAGCCAUACAGUCGACCAGUGGCUCCGCCUAGUGAUUCGUGGAGAACUGGCAGUGGCAGUUCCUCGAGUUCAACAAGCUGGAGGAACGAUCUCAAGAAUGCGCCAAAUAGUCGUCCACUGACAGCGGGACUAUCAUUGCCAACUCGGCCUCUGGGUGGAAUCUCUGGCUUCGAUCAGCAGCGAAAUAUGAGUUCCAAUCCUUUGAUGAGAUCCCCAGUAAAUAUUCGUGGAAGUUAUGGAAACAGAGGUUUCAGACAGUAG